GGCUUCCCGGUUGUCGGAGGCUGAAGCCGUCUGUUGCCAAUAGCCGCAUUGAAAGGCUCUCCGAUCCCAUGGUUCUGGAAUGGCCAGGUGGUUCCUGAGGUUUGGAGCAGCGGCCACGGCAGGGUUAACGGUAUCGGGUUUAUACGCUGCCACCCGGGUGGAUCCGAAUGACAUCGGAAUCAUUAGAAUUGGACGAGCUGUUGUCACGACUGCAGUUAUCAGUUAUGACUACCUUGCCUCGCUCAAGGGUCUGGAAUAUGGUACAGAGGAAUAUGAAUCCGUCAAGUCGCAGGUUCACCGUCGUUCUGCUCAUCACCUGCUGACACUCUGCCGUGCCAACAGGGGCACCUUCAUCAAAGUGGGCCAGCACCUGGGGGGCUUGGACUACCUGUUGCCUGAGGAAUACACCAGCACUCUGAAGAUUCUACACAGCCAAGCCCCGCAGAGCAGCCUGCAGGAGAUCAAGCAGGUUAUCCGGGAAGAACUCGGCAAAGAGAUCACCCAGCUGUUUGCCAGCUUUGAUGAAGCCCCCCUUGGUGCUGCGUCCUGGGCCCAGGUCCAUAAAGCAGUUCUACACGAUGGAAGGACGGUGGCGCUUAAAGUCCAGCAUCCCAAAGUACAGAGCCAGUGUGCCAAGGAUGUUGUUCUGAUGGAGAUCCUGGUCCAAGGUGUGUCCUGGCUGUUUCCCGACUUCAGCUUCGCCUGGCUGGUCGAUGAAACCAAGAAGAAUAUGCCACUGGAGCUUGACUUCCUGAAAGAAGGACGCAACACCGAGAAGAUGGCGAGGAUGCUCAAACACUUCCACUUUCUUAAGGUGCCUAAAAUUCACUGGGAGUUGUCAACCAGUCGUGUUCUGGCCAUGGAGUUUAUGGAAGGAGGUCAAGUCAAUGACAGAGAGUUCAUGAAGGAAAAUGGCAUCAACGUGAAUGAGAUCUCUCAAUAUCUGGGGAAGCUCUACAGUGAGAUGAUCUUUGUAAAUGGAUUUGUGCAUUGUGAUCCACACCCAGGCAAUGUGUUAGUGAGAAAGUCUCCUCAAACCAACAAGGCUGAAAUUGUGUUGCUGGACCAUGGCCUAUAUCAGACCCUGACAGACGAGUUCCGUCUGGAUUAUUGCCGUCUGUGGCGCUCUCUAAUCAAAACCGACAUGAAGGGCAUUGAGACGUACAGCCGACGGCUGGGAGCUGGCGAUUUGUAUCCACUCUUUGCCUGCAUGAUAACAGCCAGAUCCUGGGCAUCCAUAAGCAAAGGAAUUGACCAAGUACCAGUCAGCGAAAACGAGGAUGUGGAGAUUAGACUAAAUGCAGCUAAGUAUCUACCUCGCAUCAAUGAACUGCUGAACAAAGUCCCUCGCCAAAUGCUGCUGCUCCUAAAGACUAACGACUUGCUUCGAGGGAUUGAGACGUCGCUGCAGACACGAGCCAGCGCCAGUUCCUUCAUCACCAUGUCUCGCUGCUGCAUCAGAGCUGUGUCUAGAUACGAGAAGGAUGCUUCAACGUCUUGGUACAGAAAGCUGAAGAUCUCCUUAACCGAAGCUCUCGUCCUUUGGCAGAUCAGUCUGUACGAGAUCCUGCUCUGGAUUAAGUCUUCAUCACUGGGCAGUUGGAUCAGUGGCAUCGAUACACGUGAUCACCCUCUACAGUGAAGGAACUCUCUUGGCCAGAGAAAGGACUGGAUCUCCUUUUUUUGUACGAACCAUUCUGCCCAUCUCUAGCUUUGUGGCCUGCUGUGCUGUUCAAAUAGGCCAGGGCCUCAUGGAUUUCUGGCCUCAAUAGAAUUCUCCUCUGUCGAAGUGGUUCUCGUUAAAGUUGUCAUUUUUUCAGCUGUUUAUUUGGGUUUUCAAAACAGAUGUGCAGCUACACUCCACAAUACCACCCAAAAUGCUCCAAACUCAAGUCCCAAUGAGAAAUCCGUCCUGAGGUCACACUGUAGCUAAAGAAAGUGCUGAAUUGCCUAUCCACGACCAGAUAUUACUAUGACCUUUAAGUAUUAAGAUUGAGAUGUGAUCUAAUUGCAGUGUUCACGAUGGUUAGAGUUGUAUGAAGGUGUGAUGGCAUUGGGUUUGCUCACUGCAAAGUUCUAAACACAAAUGAAGACCUUAACCCCUAUCAGAUAUAAAUAGCCAUGAGUACUCUCACUAAAGUGAGAUUAUACUGUAACUACCUAAUCUUCAAAAACUAGUUCACUUCCCUGUUUGUUCUCUGCAGUGAGUUUAGCUGCGAGCAUCCACUGUUUGAGUGUUGGGUCCUUCUCCCUACCAAGGAGAAGAUACCUCCAGCUAACAAAGUAGUUUAAAACAGUUCAUUUAUUUUUAGUGGUACACAUUUAAAUUGAAACAACAUUCUUAAAACACAUUUAAAACUCACAGAGCAUUUCUAUCUUAAAAUUUCCAAAUAUAAACCAUUUCUAAAAAACAAUUUCCAAGACAUAGAACAUAGAAUAGUACAGCACAGUACAGGCCCUUCGGCCCACAAUGUUGUGCCGACCCUCAAACCCUGCUUCCCAUAUAAGCCCCCACCUUAAAUUCCUCCAUAUACCUGUCUAGUAGUCUCUUAAACUUCACUAGUGUAUCUGCCUCCACCACUGACUCAGGCAGUGCAUUCCACGCACCAACCACUCUCUGAGUAAAAGACCUUCCUCUAAUAUCCCCCUUGAACUUCC